AGAAGGGGCCACGGAACGGACUACAAGGCCUCGACGACGGUUACGGGAACGUCAGUUGCUCAUAGAGAGCUAGAGAACCCAACAUUCAAAAAAUUAAGUGGACAUCAACAUAAACUAAAAAAAAAUCAAAAAAAACUAAAAAAUUUUAAAUAGAAGUCGAAAAGAAGUUUUCUUCAUAAAUUUUGUCCACCAUUUUAAUCCGAAUUUAAAAAAGGAAACAAAUCGUGUUUUUUAAUUUUUUUUUUGAAAAAAAUCUGUAAAACUGGAGAAAUAUAUUAACGCAGGCAUGGAGAAGGAUUCUCAUCAGCCUGAAUCCUUGGCCACUGUCACCAUCAAACCGGACUAUGCACCAUCAGAAUCUUUCAGCAGUUCUGAACCACCACCAGCUUAUCAUAAACCACAUAGUUCUGCUGUUCAAGUAGCAAAAAUAAUCUCGUUUACAGUGAUUGCUGUAACGGUGAUUUUAGGAUGUUUCAUGCUUGCGUCAGCUUACGUAAGUGCCACGGCAUCAUGCAGAGAACUUGAACAAGAAAUGGAAUUAUUGGCGGCAGCCUCUGCAGCUGAUCGUUUUCAACCACUACAACCAGAAGCUUUAGUUCAGGAUGAAUCUCAAGCUUUGGCCGCUGCUAAACAACAACAACAACAAGAAGAAUUAAAAGAAGAGAAGUCAAAGAAAGCGUUGGAAGAGAUGGUUGAUAAUAAAAUUGAAGAGAAUCAAAAAAACGAUGAGGAUUCAUCGAGUAGCGAAGAAGACGAUAAAAUAAUCCAUAUUAAAAUGCCGUUGGAGUUAGAUUUUGAUGAUUUAGCUAACAGCGUGAUGGACAAGAAUCAAAAAUCGAAAUUAAAUUGCAUUGUUGAAAGAAAAAGGGCUGAACAAGUUGUUGACCACCAACCAAAAACUAUUCAACUUCCAUUUGGAUUAAAUUUAACAACCGAUCCUAAAUUCGAACAUAUUAGUGGUGAAAGGAUGGCGAUUUUGUGUGAAAGCGGACACGAAGUUUCUAAUAAUGAAAACAAUAAUGAAAAAGAGAAUGAAGACAAUGAUGAUAAUGAAGAAGAAACGAUUAUGAUUCAACCAAUAAUGAUCCCUAUUCCUCAUACUAAUUUCCAAACUCACAUGCCUAUGCAAGUUCAACAAAUGCAACAAGCACCAAUGGUGAAUAGAUUACCAAUGCCUCCACAACAACAACCAAUUCCGCAAAUUCAACAAAUCCAGGCAAUUCAUCCAAUGGAAACAAUGAGACCACCUAUGCCUGUUCAAAAUUUCCCAAUGGAACCACCACAACAAAUCCCACAUUUCCAACAACAAUCGCAACAACCUCAAACACCAGCUUUUCCCCCAACUCAAGUCCUUCAACAUAUCGCUCAACAAAUAAUCGCGCAAAGGCUUCAAAUGGAAGCAGCAGCAGUCGCUCGACAACAACAACAACAGCAACAACAACAACAAGAAGAAGAAUCUAAUGAGAAUAUGCAAGAUGAUGAACAACAAGAUAAUUCCCAACAAGAUGGGUAUGCCCCAAUCGAUUACAUGGUUCCUCAUAGAAUGAGCAUUCCCGAACAGAUUUUGACCCAAAUUAAUCGUCUCCCCAAUAAAGAUGUAAUCGUUGCUUUCUCAUCUCAACAAGAUGAUGAAGAUCAAUCCGGGCAAGGUCAAAGUAUUGAAAACCAGGUAGUUCAACAACAAAGGACUAGCGCUUCGGAAAUGAAUGGAAGACAAGGUUAUGCAAGACAUAUUCCGAUGGAUCUUCCAAUGAGAAUUGUUCCGGUUGAACCUCAACAACAAGCUAAUCAAGCUGGACCUAAUGAAGAAAUGAGACCACAUUUUGUUCAUCCAAGAUCAGUUCGUUCUGUUGACAAUGUUCUGAAACCAGCUAAACGUGUAAAACGUUGUUCUUGCGAUUGCGCAUGUUAAAUAAAAGAGAAAAAAUGCAUUCCAAGAUUCGAGAAGAUUUCAGAAGUAGAUGCAAAUUAAAAAUAAAAAAUAUUUAAAAUAAAAGAGAAGUUAUUAAUGUUUGUGUCUUUUGGUUGUUAAUAAGCUUAUUUAGUUUAAAAAUACAACAUAAAAAAAAGCAAAAAAAUAAAUGCGAAUUUUUCAAAUAUCUUUUUGCUGAUAACAGUGUUAUUUUAACGUGUUAUUUACGUAAGGGAUAUUUUUAUGUACUUAACUAUUAACUUGUAUAUAGUUUUUCAUGUAUUUCUUCUUUCUUUGUUCAAGAUUUCCAUUUUUAUUUUUCCUCGUUAUCUAAUAUUGUCCUCUAGUAGUGAAUGAAUAAAAUACAUAAAGAUGUUGGGUUAUUAUUUACAUUAUUACAAGCACUUGUGAUAGA